AUCGAUGUUGUACGGCUAGGAGAGGCGGAUGGGGGCUGCUCCAUCCACGUGGCUGGGUGACAUUGCGAUAGCGAAUCCACGUGGCGGUCUGACAUUCCAGUUUGGGGCGCGACGUGGUGCUUUGGGGUUUAGCGAAUGGCGCCAAGAGCCGUGGCCCGUGGGUAAUCGAGAUAUGGCGGGAAACACAGGGCCAGGCCCUCGUCUGUGGGGCCAUGAUAACGUAGAGCGGCUGGCUGAUCGGCGGCUAGGAAAGGGAGGAGGAGGAAGAGGAGGGGGAGGAGGAGGGAAUAGAAUUCGGCGGGAAGAAGAUGACGAACAACGUUUUCGAAGAAUGAUGGCAGAAACUUUCGGUGAAGCACUCAGAGAAGCAGCGUCCAUUAGAUCAGUGUCCAUUGAACGGAGGAGGAGAGCGGCUGAAGAAGGAGAUAUGGAGUUUGCAGUGGAAGUUUAUCACAAGCUACGUUUCGAUUUUCCGGUCGUCCUGGAUGAGAUGAAGUCGCUUAUUCGUCCGCCUCCGGUACCGGGGAGAGAGGACUCGGCAGUGGUGUCUAAUGCAGCAACCCACACAUCCGUGGAACGAAACAAGAAGGCGAUAGAGGACGAUCCAGUGGGGGCUGUUGCAGGUCCUUCGUGUGAGGCUUCCACGACUGUGGCGAAGUCGGGGAAGAAAACACAAACCUCGAUCCGCAAAUGGGCUGAGAACACAGCGCAGAAGAGAAUGGACCUACAAUGGGGGAGAGCUCUUUGUCGUUCCCGGGUCCCCUUCAACUUCGCGCGACAAGACGAGACCAAAGCGCUCCACGACUUGUACAUGGAGUUGGGCGCACAAAAGGCAAAGACCCAGAUGACUUCCUUCGAGACUAUGCGGACCACAGUACUAGACGCGUUGUAUGACGAAGUGAAGCUGACAAUGCAACCCAUCAUGGAUAAGAUGGAUAUCUCGGGUUGCACGCUGAUCACUGAUGGGUGCACGGAUAGGAAGUUCCGACCUGUGUUGAACUUCAUUGCUGUGGGGGAUGGAGGGGCAGUCCUGGUGAAGGUGGUGGACAUGUCGGGCCGGAAGAAAAAUGCCACGGCCCUUGCCAAGCUUUGGGAGGAGGUGAUCAGGGAGAUUGGAGUGCAUAAAGUGAAUGCCAUCUGCACCGACAAUGUCGGUGUAAACAAGAGGGCUGCAAAAAUUCUGCGUCGUCGGAAGGAUUUGGACAUCGCAAAGAUACCAUGGCUUCCGUGUGCAGCGCACACCCUGAGCCUCCUCCUCAAGGACAUAUCAAGCCUCGAGUGGGUGCUGCCGAUCAGGAAGCAGGCCAAGACGAUGGUGAAGUUCAUAAAGAACCACCAUCGCACGGUUAGUCUGUACUCCAAAUCAUCUAUGGAUGACAAUAAGACCCUCAUUCUCCCGACAGAAGUCCGGUUCGUCUCCGUCUACCAAAUGUUGUUGAGAGUCAGUGACAGGCAAUAGGUUCUCGAGGACCGGGUGGCUGGACAUUCAUUGGAGCGCCAAGGAGUCAAGGAAGAAGGCGGAUGACAUCUUCCAAAG